AUGUGCCAACUGCCACGCAAUACACAAGUUAAUACCACCGUGACUGCGCGCGCAUCAAUAGAUGAGUUGGUUGAUAUUGUAGUCACUGAAGAUGGAUUAUUCCGGGACCCUUCCAGAGCUGAGCAUGCUUUUCCAUUAUUUUAUCUUUCUGUUCAUAUAACUUUAUUCUCUUCUCCGUGUUCUCUCUCGUUUCCUGUCAGUUCUUCUGUCUCUAUUCUCAAACCUCCUUCAACUCCUUCUCCGUCAUCUCCCUCUGCGUCAUCUGCACCCGCUCUUGAUUCGGCUCCUAAUACUCCCCCCCUCCAGGAUGAGUGUCACAUCCAGCUUCAGAGCUCGCAGGGGUACACAUUUCGCUCUUCAGCCGGCCCCCUUUCCUCUUUGGCAUCACUUGAGAGAAUGCUUUCCCCCAAUCUUUCAGUUCAAGCCACUUUAACAUUAUUUCCAUGA